GAUGUGCAUGCAGAGUGAUUGAUCAUGUCUUCAUGCAGCCGAGUGCCAAGGGUAAGAAGCAAAACCUCCGACUUCUUGGCAUUGCCUUCUGAAACGCACCAAUGACUACCGGCGGCUCUCCAUGUAUCACCUAGACGGGUACAGGAUAGCCCUAACCGUUAGCUAGCCGCCCUCAACCAACAAUCUCGUCAUGUCACUGCUGGUACCACUGUCUCGUUCAUUGCAGUCCAAGCUUGGCACUAUACGUGAUGUUUAAUCUCACCCCAGGCCCGCGGAGAAAUUACCCGCUCCUGCGUGUAUGUAUUAGGGGGGGGCAAACGGCGACAAUCUCUUCAUUCUGUUCCACCUAUGGUAAUUAGUACUGGUCCUAGCUCACGGUGCCAUGGCUCGGAGAUGCUCUACCGAGCUCCAUAGGGAUGAAUAAUCUUGAAAAAUCUUGAAGCGCCAAACCAGGAUAUAUAAGAACCUGCCCAUCCGGCGUAGUUGGGGUCUUCUUUCUUUCCUUACCAGCAAAGCUAUUCCCUUCACUGUGUCAUUCUUUCUACCCUCUUUUAACUUUCAUUUCACCACAAUCACCCGCCUCCAUGGCUAACUUCAAGCUCUUCCUUGCGCUGGCCGCAUGCCUGUCUGGACAGGCUCUGGCUGCCCCUACCAAGACCAUUGGCAAGCGUGCUACUGUUUCUGACGUCGCCCACGGUUACGCCAGCCAGAACGGUGGCACCAGCGGUGGUGCCGGCGGUACCACCACCACCGUCUCCUCCUACGCUCAGUUCACCGAAGCUGUCUCUGGUGACGAUGCCAAGAUCGUCAUCGUUGAUGGCACCAUCACCCAGGAUGCCAAGCAGGUGAAGAUUGGCAGCAACACCAGCAUCAUCGGAAAGGACGCCAACGCCAUCCUUGAAGGAUUCGGAGUUCUCGUCAAGGAGAAGGAGAACGUCAUCAUCCGUAACUUGGGUGUCAAGAAGGUCCUCGCCGACAACGGUGAUGCCAUUGGUGUCCAGUACUCCAACAACGUCUGGAUCGACCACUGUGACGUCUCUUCCGACCGUGACCACGACAAGGACUACUACGACGGUCUGAUCGAUCUCACCCACGCCGCCGACUACGUCACCAUCUCCAACACCUUCGUCCACGACCACUGGAAGGCCAUGUUGUACGGCCACUCCGACAGCAACGGCGACGAAGACACCGGCCACCUCCGCAUCACCGUCAACAACAACUACCUGUACAACCUGAACUCUCGCGGUCCCUCCUUCCGCUUCGGUACCGGUCACCUCUACAACAACUACUACCUGGACGUCAGCGACGGCAUCAACACCCGCCAGGGCGCCCAGGUGCUGGUCGAGGGCAACGUGUGGGAGGGCGGCAAGAAGCCCCUUUACUCCACCGAUGGAGGAUACGCUGUUGCUAGGGACAACGACUUCGGUGAUGGCGAGAACACCGCUCCUGAGGGUACCCUUACCAGCGUUCCCUACGAGUACAACCUUCUUGCUGCUUCGGCUGUUAAGGGUGCUGUUUACGGUACCGCCGGUCAGACCUUGACCUUCUAAAAAGAUCAUGAGAGAUAGAAGGUAAUGAAGGAGAAAUAGGGGGAGAAUAAUUGUGUGUGGUGAUUGUGUGUGACUUUUUACAUUCUUUUGUUAAUUGAUUAUUUGGCUGGGCCAGGAUCAAAUUCUAGUUAGGGUACCUCAUCAAGGCAAAUUUGUUGUUCAUCGGUAAUUGUGACCUUCCAAGUACUUAAUGGUAUAGAGUAGC